AUGCAUACGGUAGGAACAGUUGAUCCGGCUGGGUUAUCAAUCAAUGACGUCUCCAGUUCUUAUCAGAAGAAUUUGUUCCAAACAUGGAUUAUCACUGUGAGUAAAUAUUGGCGUGCGCCAAAUACGGGCCAUGGUCAUUACGAGGAAAAACGCGUGGCUACUGCGUGUGCCAACUGGGAGUGGGAGGUAGCACUACAUAACUACACCUCCAAGGAGCGUUUUGCCGUCGGCUCCGAAUUCACACCAGCACAAGGAUCGUCGGAGUUUCUCGACAUUGCCUUUCGGUCAACAUAUCGUACUACGGUAUUGGAUGCCAACGUUACUGCAAAGCUUCGGUCAGUUACACAUGCGACAGUGAAGGAAAGCGAAUCUGUCGAGAGGGGUGGUCGAGCGAACAGUGUGAUCAACCCAUAUGCCAAGACGGCUGUCAGUACGGACGCUGUGUGGAGCCGGGCAGAUGUGAAUGUGAUCACGGGUUCUUUGGACCAAAUUGCAAGGAGUGUCGUCGUAGUGAGGCCUGCCGCCAUGGCAAAUGUCGUGACAAUCAGCCGUUCACCUGCGCUUGUGAGCCCGGUUGGGGUGGUAUCUUCUGCGAGAGAGAUCUUGAGUAUUGUACUCGACAUGAUCCGUGUAAAAAUGGAGGAGUCUGCACGAAUGGAGGUGUCCAAAGUGAUUUCACCUGCCGUUGUCCUGAAGGUUACGUCGGUACAACGUGUGAGAUCGCUGUGCCUAGCAUCUGUCAGCAUCAUGGGAUUUGCCGCAAUGGUGGACUCUGUACAACUGCCGACACGAAGCUGGGUAGAUGUGAAUGUACCGAAGGUUUCGAGGGAAGAUAUUGCGAAAAAAGGAAAGCUCUCAUCAAUGAAGCAUGUUCCUCCACCAGUUGCAACAAUGGCUUCGAUCCUACUGCUAGCUACAUGUGUCGUGGUAUUUUUCCUGAAGUACAAACGAAUGCGACGGUUGAUUAAAGAUCCGAUCACACAGAACGCCAUCAACGAACAUCGGCAAAUUCAUGAACUUCCGAAACGAUUGAAGGAUUGUCAGUCACCGUCAGAUGAAGCGUACAAGGUGUUCGUGAUCCCAUCGAAGAAGUGUAAAGAUCUGGAUGAUAUCGACUAUGAAAAAGGAUACAUAUCACCACCACGUGGACGUUACCGUACCCUUCCGUGUAUUGACGUCGUCGCCGUAUCGUCAGUGGCUGUCGCAUGUACGAAAACUGUGACCGAACCCGAUGAUCCAUAUACGGAAAUCGAAUUUCGACCGACUACUGUAGCAUUGGAGGAUAAGAAAUUAGCGGAUAAUGCUUGUGUGGUAUAG